GUGCACGUGUUUGACUCACCAUGCACUGGCACUCUCUAUCUGCGAUGGAUUGCAGGUACUUCUCGGGUUACGAAGCCUUUGGAGGACAUGCGAUAAUUCUACGAUGCACUUGCAAUGCUUUUGGGAAACUUCACAUUGAAUGUACACCACAGACUCAGAUAAGCAGAAUGUCAUCUUUACCGGGAACUGUACCGCGAAUGAUGCGACCGGCUCCAGGACAGCACUAUCCCCACACUGGAUUCCCCUUGGAAGUUUCAACUCCUCUGGGUCAAGGUCGAGUGAAUCAGCUUGGCGGAGUGUUCAUCAACGGCAGGCCUUUGCCAAAUCAUAUACGCCACAAAAUAGUUGAAAUGGCUCACCACGGCAUCCGUCCCUGCAUGAUCUCCCGGCAACUUCGCGUUUCCCACGGCUGUGUGUCCAAAAUCCUCUGCCGGUAUCAAGAAACUGGCUCGAUCCGUCCUGGAGCAAUAGGAGGAAGUAAACCCAGACAGGUGGCAACACCUGACGUGGAAAAACGAAUCGAAGAAUACAAGCGUGAAAAUCCCGGCAUGUUCAGUUGGGAGAUUCGGGAUAAACUGUUGAAGGACGGUGUGUGUGACAGAAGUACAGUUCCCUCAGGUGAGGCCUCAUCUGUAAGUUCUAUCAGCCGGGUUCUUCGUGCGCGGUUCGGCAAAAAAGACGACGACGACGAUUGUGACAAAAAGGAUGACAGUGGGGAGAAAACAACUAAGCACAGCAUUGACGGCAUACUGGGAGACAAAGGUCGAAUAGAUGAUGGCUCGGAUGUGGAGUCUGAACCGGACCUACCCUUGAAGCGGAAGCAGAGGCGCAGUCGGACCACCUUCACAGCUGAGCAGCUGGAAGAGAUGGAGAAGGCCUUUGAAAGGACACACUACCCAGACAUCUACACCAGAGAGGAACUAGCCCAGAGAACCAAGCUCACUGAGGCCAGAGUACAGGUUUGGUUCAGCAACCGUCGAGCGAGGUGGCGUAAACAAGCUGGAGCUAGUCAACUGGCGGCAUUUAACCACCUGUUACCUGGAGGGUUUCCACCCACAGGCAUGCCCACUUUACCAACAUACCAGCUUCCUGAGUCCGCUUAUCCUUCAACAACAUUACCACAAGACGGCAGUGGCACGGUGCAUCGGCCCCAGCCCUUGCCCCCCUCCACCAUGCAUCAGGGCGGGCUCUCGAGCGACAGCAGCUCCGCCUAUGGCCUCUCGUCCAACCGCCACAGUUUCUCCUGCUACACCGACACCUUCAUGAGCCAGUCAGCAAGCAGUAAUCACAUGAAUCCCGUCAGCAAUGGACUAUCUCCACAGGUGAUGAGCAUCCUCAGCAACCCUAGCGCCGUGGCCCCUCAGCCCCAGCAUGAGUUCUCCAUUUCCCCCUUGCACAGCAGCCUGGAGGCCUCCAACCCAAUCUCAGCCAGCUGCAGCCAUCGCUCCGAGCCUAUCAAGACUGCUGACAGCCUGCCCUCCUCCCAGUCCUACUGCCCCUCUACGUAUAGCACCACCAGCUACAGCGUGGACCCCGUCACUGCGGGCUACCAGUACAGUCAGUACGGCCAGACUGCGGUGGAUUACCUGGCUAAGAAUGUGAGCUUGUCCACGCAGAGAAGGAUGAAGCUCGGAGAGCACUCGGCUGUGCUCGGACUGCUACAGGUGGAGACGGGACAGGCAUACUGAUGGAUCUCAAACUGAACAUCCAACCAUGUGUUUCACCAGCAUCCCUCCAUAUUUCUGCAGAACCCACAUAUGGACCAUCUGACUAGGAAUGAACAAGACCAAGAGAAGUACAAAAUCAUGGGCAGUCUUAGAUUUUCUACCUAUAGCAGCGUGAAUACAAAAGCCAUUCCACAUAAAAAACAGACACUAUUGUGCCGCAUCUCCUUACUCGUCCCGAUCCUUUCUCUAUUUCACAACAAAGAGACCCUUUCAGGGCUUCAGAAAGAAGCCGAGUGAAAAUGAGCAUCAAUUGUCUGAGCCCAAAUCACUAAAGCCCUGCCCGUCGGCAUCCAGUGUUAGCACACAUAGGCUACAGCUGCAGCCGCUUGCCCAUUGCAAACUGUUCAGACCAGGUUGUUUAUAGAAAAUUA